GUGCUGGUGCCCGAGUGGAGGAAGGUCGCUGAGCGCCCACAGGGCACAGUCCGGGCCCGGGCGGACCGACGGCGCGAGACAGACGGACAGCCAGGCGGAUGGCACCGCACGGAUGCGAGAAGCGGGCGGCUCUGUCCAGUAGAGCUGAGGGCGGCCCCGCGUCCCGACUGCGAGCAGGACGCCGGGGCGGGCCGAGAGCGGCGGGGGCGGGACAGGACAGACGAGAAUCCCGCGGAGGUGAGGCCGGGGGCCCGUCCCGCCCCCGAGGGCAGGCCCUGUGCGCCCGCCCCGCCCUGGCCCUCUGGGGUGUGGACUCCAGCUCCGGCUCUGCUCCGCUCCCUCAGCUCGCGAAGCCGCGCCGCCGCCCGCUCGGGCUGUCCGGGAUGGCGGCAACCCCCCAGAGCCUUUUUCCCUCCGGGGAUGACCUGGACUCCAGCCAGUUACAGAUGGAGCCCGAUGAGGUGGACACCCUGAAGGAGGGAGAGGACCCAGCCGACCGGAUGCACCCCUUUCUGGCCAUCUACCACCUCCAGCCUCUGAAAAUGCAUCCCUUGGUGUUUGCCCCUGGGGUCCCCGUCAUAGCUCAGGUGGUGGGCACUGAAAGAUACACCAGUGGAUCCAAGGUGGGCACAUGCACUCUGUAUUCUGUCCGCUUGACUCACGGUGACUUCACCUGGACAACCAAGAAGAAGUUCCGUCAUUUCCAGGAGUUGCAUCGGGACCUCCUGAGACACAAAGUCUUCAUGAGUCUGCUCCCUCUGGCUCGUUUUGCUGUUGCUUCAUCUCCAGCCCCAGAGGGAGACAGCAGAGAGAUACCCUCUCUACCCCGAGCAGGUCCUGAGGGCUCCUCCAGACGUACCGCUAGCAAGCAGAAAUACCUGGAGAAUUAUCUCAACCGCCUCCUGACCAUGUCUUUCUACCGCAACUACCAUGCCAUGACAGAGUUCCUGGAAGUCAGUCAGCUGUCCUUUAUCCCAGACCUCGGAUGCAAAGGAUUGGAGGGGGUGAUCCGGAAGCGCUCAGGUGGCCACCGCGUUCCUGGCCUCACCUGCUGCAGCCGAGACCAAGUUUGUUAUCGCUGGUCCAAGCGGUGGCUGGUGGUGAAGGACUCCUUCCUGCUGUACAUGUGCCUGGAGACUGGCUCCAUCUCCUUUGUUCAGCUCUUCGACCCUGGCUUCGAGGUGCAGGUGGGGAAAAGGAGUACAGAGGCACGGUAUGGGGUCCGGGUCGACACCUCUCACAGGUCCUUGAUUCUCAAGUGCAGCAGCUACCGGCAGGCACGGUGGUGGGCCCAGGAGAUCACCGAACUGGCCCAGGGCCCGGGCAGAGACUUCAUUCAGCUGCACCGGCACGACAGCUAUGCUCCUCCCCGGCCUGGGACCCUGGCCCGGUGGUUUGUGAAUGGGGCAGGUUACUUUGCUGCUGUGGCAGAUGCCAUCCUGCGAGCUCAAGAAGAGAUUUUCAUCACAGACUGGUGGUUGAGUCCUGAGAUUUACUUGAAGCGUCCAGCCCAUUCAGAUGACUGGAGACUGGACAUUAUGCUCAAGAAGAAGGCGGAGGAGGGUGUCCAUGUGUCUGUACUGCUGUUCAAGGAAGUGGAGCUGGCCUUGGCCAUCAACAGUGGCUACAGCAAGAAGGCACUGAUGCUGCUGCAUCCCAACAUAAAGGUGAUGCGCCACCCAGACCAGGUGACACUGUGGGCCCAUCAUGAGAAGCUCCUGGUGGUGGACCAAGUAGUGGCCUUCCUGGGGGGGCUGGACCUUGCCUAUGGCCGCUGGGAUGACCUACACUACAGACUGACUGAUCUGGGGGACUCCUCUGAGUCAGCUGCCCCCCAGCCUCCCACCUCAUGCUCAGACCUUCCAGCUACCCCCGACCUCACGCACAACCAACUCUUCUGGCUGGGCAAGGACUACAGCAAUCUUAUCACUAAGGACUGGGUGCAGCUGGAUCGGCCUUUUGAUGAUUUCAUUGACAGGGAGACUAUGCCACGGAUGCCGUGGCGGGACAUUGGGGUUGUGGUCCACGGAUCACCUGCCCGGGACCUUGCCCGGCACUUCAUCCAGCGCUGGAAUUUCACCAAGACUACCAAGACCAAGUACAAGAUCCCCAUUUACCCCUACCUGCUGCCCAAAUCCACCAGCACCGCAAACCAGCUCCCUUUCACGCUUGCCGGAGGGCAGUGCGCCACUGUGCAGGUCUUACGGUCAGUGGACCGCUGGUCAGCGGGCACCCUGGAGAACUCCAUUCUCAAUGCCUAUCUGCACACCAUCAGAGAGAGCCGGCACUUCCUCUACAUUGAGAAUCAGUUCUUCAUUAGCUGCUCAGAUGGGCGGACGGUGCUGAACAAGGUGGGCGAUGAGAUUGUGGACAGAAUCCUGAAGGCCCACAAACAGGGGCAGUGCUUCCGAGUCUACGUGCUUUUGCCCCUGCUCCCUGGGUUCGAGGGUGACAUCUCCACAGGUGGUGGUAACUCCAUCCAGGCCAUUCUGCACUUCACUUACAGGACGCUGUGUCGUGGGGAAUAUUCAAUUUUACAUCGUCUCAAAGCAGCCAUGGGGACAGAAUGGCGGAACUAUAUUUCCAUCUGUGGGCUACGCACACACGGAGAACUAGGCGGGCACCCAGUCUCGGAGCUCAUCUAUAUCCACAGCAAGAUGCUUAUCGCGGAUGACCGGACAGUCAUCAUUGGCUCAGCAAACAUCAAUGACCGGAGCUUGCUGGGGAAGCGGGACAGUGAGCUGGCUGUGCUGAUUGAGGACACAGAAAUGGAGCCAUCCCUCAUGAACGGUGUGGAGUAUCAGGCAGGCAGGUUUGCCUUGAGUCUGCGGAAGCACUGCUUCAGCGUGAUUCUAGGGGCUGCUGCUCGGCCACAUCUGGAUCUCCGAGACCCUGUCUGUGAUGCCUUCUUCCAGUUGUGGCAAGACACAGCUGAGAGCAACGCCAAUAUCUAUGAGCAGAUCUUCCGAUGCCUUCCAUCCAAUGCCACACGUUCCCUGCGGGCACUUCGGGAGUAUGUAGUCGUGGAGCCCCUGGCCACGGUCAGCCCUCCCUUGGCCCGGUCUGAACUCACCCAGGUCCAGGGCCACCUCGUCCACUUCCCCCUCAAGUUCCUGGAGGAUGAGUAUUUGCUGCCCUCCCUGGGUAGCAAGGAGGGUGUGAUGCCCCUAGAAGUGUGGACAUAGCUGCAGCUCCUCUGGCCUGGAAGAGGUCACCAGCCUCUGGGCUACACCACCUCUGGUUCUCUGCCCUCUAACCCUCAGGACCAGGGCGAUGCCUUUGAGACCUGGGGGAGGCAGGCAUCCCUGGAGGGGACUAGAGAAGUCACAAAGGACCUUUUUUGGGAAACAACCAAAAAGGACACUCCCAACCCCAGGUUGGGGAGAUGGAAGAGGGUCCCAGAGAGCUUCCUUCUCCUUGCUGUUCAGUUCAAACCACUACUACAAAGGAGAAGCAAGAUUCCUGCCAGGAUGCCUGGGGUCAGCCUCCUACUCCAGGAGGACCAGACUUGGCCCUGGGCCUUCUCAUCUCUCCCUUGUCUUCCUGCUGUGGAACCCCCUCCCUGCCCCAGGGCCUCUCCCAGCUCAUUACUGCCAAGGCAGAGAGAAGGAUGGAGCCACUGCUGGCUUCAGCGCCCAUGGUGGGGAGGGGUGGGAGGGAGGAUGCACACUAACCCCCUCCACCAGCUGCUGACAGACACUAACUUUGUAUUCGUUCAAUAAGCAUUUCAUAAAUAAAAGCCUAGAAAAGG